GUUAUCAUUUUAUUUUCUUAAUUUGUAAUCAAGAUGUGAAGUAAUCUCGUGUAAAAAUGUGAUGGAAAAAGAGGCACUAUUUAAAGAUAUAUUGUCAAAAGAUAUUAUAGAUAAAAAUAUUUUAGAGAGUUUAUGCUUUUCAGGAAUCCCAGAUGAUUUUAAUUUAAGGCCUAGUUGUUGGAAGUUACUAUUAGAUUACAUGCCAUUAAAAGUGCCAGAAAGAAAUGAAUCUCUUAUUAACCACAGAUUCCGUUAUCAAACACUCCUUCACUCAAUUAUUAUAGAUGAUAAUUUUAUAGAUAAUGAGGAUAAAGAUCAUCCAUUAAAUUCACAUCCCAAUAGUUAUUGGUCUUCAUAUUUCAAAGACAAUGAAAUUUUAUUGCAAAUCAAUAAGGAUGUAAGACGUCUCUGUCCGCACAUGCAGUUUUUUCAGAGGCUCACAAAGUAUCCCAAUUCAGAAACGCUAAUUGAAGGCAAAUCAUUAACACAAAGGGUUCACAUGUCUCUACUCAGGAACGAAAGUUUGACGAAAGAAAAAUCUGGAAUCAUCAAUUUAAGCUUACCUAACAGCAGACACCACGAUUUUUCGAAUAAUAAUUCUACCAAUGAAAACGAGGAUACAAUCAAAUGCCAACCUCAUGAUAAAGUAUCUAACAACCAUUCUUCCAAACAACUCUCGCAUUUAAAUUUCAAGGAAUAUCACUGGGAAGUUUGUCAAAGAAUAUUGUUCGUUUACGCCAAAUUAAAUCCGGGCCAAAGUUAUAUUCAGGGAAUGAAUGAGAUUUUGGGGCCAAUUUAUUACGUCAUGGCCAAUUUCAAUGACGAAUCCGAAAAAAUUUAUGCCGAGCACGAUUCCUUUUUUUGUUUUACCAAUUUGAUGUCUGAGGUCAGGGAUAACUUUAUACCUCACAUGGAUAUCGACAAAGAUCAUGGAAUAGGUGCACAAAUGAAGCGGCUUAAAGAUAUACUGCUUCAAAUUGAUCCAGAUAUCCACGCCCAUUUUGAAAGGCAAGACUUGAAACUUCAUUACUUUUGUUACAGGUGGUUGAUGCUUUUAUUUUCUCAAGAAUUUAGGCUACCCGAUGUCAUCAGACUUUGGGAUUCAAUCUUUUCCACAACGGACAAAAAGACAUUCUGCCUUUACGUUUCUAUAGCUAUGCUAACGCUAAUUCGGAAUCAGCUAUUAAAAGAAGAUUUCGCUCAUAAUUUGAAAUUAUUACAAAAUUAUCCGAACAUCGACAUCUUAAAAAUUAUAUCAAAGUCCUUAGAAAUCGAACAGCAAGUCCUUGAAAUAAAUGGUAGCUCAUACAAGGACUCGAAACGAGAGAGUCUUCCUGACCAAAAUCCAUUUAUAUAAAUAUUUUUUAAAAAAUAUACAAAAAAAUCAUUAUUAUUUUCCUUAUGAUUAUAAUUUUAAUAUUUCGUGAUUAUUUUUGUAUAUAUAAUAUAUAUUAUAUUAAUUUAUUUAUAUAUUAUAUUAAUUUAUUUAUAUAUU